UCACAGCGGCCAGCAGCCACCCGGGGUCGAGGUGUCUUGCUCCCCUGCCUCGAGGUUUGUUUGUUUUCCUGUUUACCCGGCUGCCAAGCAGGCUGACGUAAGAGGGGACGCGGGAGGGGAGGGACAGGCAGGCGUGCAGAAGCAGAGAAUUGCGAAGGACUUCCUGAUCCCUGCACAGACGGUCGCGUGAAGCCGUUGAAGACUCUGAGGACCGGUGUCGACAGCGAGCAGACCACGCGCCUCCAGCCAGCACGCCAUCGCUGCUUCAGACGGCGCCUCUGGGCAGCCAGCAUCAAUGAAUCACCUGGACUCAGGAUGAGCUCCCAGAAUGCAUCCUGCUCGGCGGAGGUGCCUCCCGCCAACUGCUCCCUCAUCUGCUUGUAUAACAUGACUGAAUGGGAGAACCACAUGGACCAACUGUAUGCCUACUUUUACCUGAUCAUCUUUAUCCCUGGGUUGCUGGGGAACAGCCUGGCACUCUGGAUUCUCUGCCGGUUCAUCAGGAAGAAGACGAAGGCCAUCAUCUUCAUGAUCAACCUGGCAGUAGCUGACCUGACACACGUCCUGUCGCUGACCUUGCGGAUCCACUACUACUGGCGGCACACCUGGCCCUUCGGUCAGGGUCUCUGCCUGUUCUGCUUCUACCUGAAGUACCUCAAUAUGUACGCCAGCAUCGUCUUCCUCACCUGCAUCAGCAUCCAGCGCUACUUCUUCCUCAAACACCCCUUCUGCGCCAAGAAGUGGAAGCGGCGCUACGACGUGCGCAUCAGCGCCGCCGUGUGGCUGGUGGUGGGACUGUGCUGCUCGCCCUUUAUCCUCAUGCGCAGCAGGCGCAGCGACAGCGACGCCGGCUCCAACGCCAGCUCGGACAGCUGCUUCAAGGACCUGCCCAUGCGGAAGAUCUCGCUGCGCCUCACCGUGCCCAUGGUGACCUUUGCGGAGCUGUUGGGCUUCGUGGGGCCCCUGGCCGUCAUAGCCUUCUGCUCGCUGCGCAUCAUGAGCUCGCUGCGGCGCGUCAGCGUAAGGCCGCACGCCACCGACACUGAGAAGGCACUGCGCAUGGUGCGCGUCUGCACCUUCGUCUUCCUCUUCUGCUUCACCCCCUACCACAUUAACUUCCUGUUUUACAUGCUGUCCAAGCAGGGGGUCAUCUCCAGCUGCCCCCUGGUCAAGCUCGUGAACCAAUUCCACCCCAUCUCCCUCUGCAUCGCCAGCCUCAACUGCUGCCUCAACCCAAUUAUCUACUACUUUCUCACUACGGAGUUCAAGCAGCAGCUCUCCCGGCAGGGCAGCUCCAUUCUCCGCGGCCGCCUCAUGAGCCUGGAGAGUACCUCCUCCUUCUAGAGGGCGCCAGAGAGGAGGCAGCGUCAACCAGGGAGAACGCUCGCGGGUUCAGACUGAAAAAACAACAACAACGCUUGCAGGCAAAGCUUUGACUGUAUCCGGCUCUAGGGGGAGCUGGUGAGAGUGGUUCUAAAACUGGGCGGGGUCCCGGCAUGGACUUCAGUGCCUCGUGGGACCUGCUCCCCCCCCCCGCGGUAGCUUCUGCCGCCUGCCGCUUCACAUGCACACCCUUACAGUACGGCAGGGGGAUUCUAAGGUUUUAACCUUGUGGGGGGGGGGCUUAGGGGACAUCACCUCCCUCCCCCACGAUAAAGUUUGCCAAGCCAGGGGUAUGAAAUGUAUACGAAAAUCUGGGACAAAUCGCUAAAUGGAUUUAGAAAAAACUAUUUUUCAGGGGGGCUAAGACAAAACAACCACCCAAAAACGCUGUUUUGCACAGCUGUUUUUGUUCUUUUGGGUGUAUUCCUCUUAAUCACUUAAUUAACAUAAUAAUUUCCCUCUAAUUAUGUUUCCUCUUAGAUUUCUCACAUCAGAAGAAAUAAACUGAUUAACUAGUGUUUAAGUAACUCCUAACUGAGCCACUGAAUCCAGGGACAUAAGCUCAUCCAGAAAGGUCCAGGAAAUUCUGUAAGGUAGAUUAGAAAUACACUUAACAGUCUAUUAAGAUGUAAUGCGAUUUAAAAUGUGAACGAAGAAUGAAGUCAGUUUUCUUUAAAAAGAAACACUGUGAAAAUGGAGUUUAAUCUGUUUCGGUUGAUUGGUUUUAUGGAUAUGAAGGUUAAGUGAAUUAAGUCCGUUUCGCUGUUAGGGAACAAGGAAGUGUAUUAAUAGUGUGUUAUGAGGAUAGUAGUCAAUAAUAAAAUAUGAGAAGGAAUAUUAUUUUAAAAAUUGUACAGCUUCCUUUAGACACGAUCCGCACAAAAUGCAGUCUAGUAGGUCUAUAUUUUAUUACUAUUAUUAAGUAUUUUCUCUCUGUUGCUGAAUGGCGUACGCGUCCUUUGUAAAUAGUGGCGGCGUCCUCACACUAAAAGCGCGAUCGCAGCGGAUCAGGCUGCUGCAAUGUGUGCGACCGCCGAGCAGCCCGGUCUCCGCGCCGCAUACAGGACCCAUCGGCUGCGGGAGGCGGAGUGCCGAGGUGGGGUUCGCACAGCGGGUGGGGUGCAUUCCGGUGUGAAGCGGGUGAGAUGCUUAACGGCUUCGCCACCAGUGACGGGAAUCUGUACGUAACACUUCACCACGCUGUGCGAAAAAAUAUUUCUGUGCCAAGUAUUUGACAGUUUAACUGCUGUCCUUUUUCACGGUAAAAGGGCACAAUCUGAGCCUACAUACACUUUUAAUGCCACUGAACGGAAAGAGUAUUGCAAAAUGUAUGUUAAGAUCUAGGUCUGCGUUCAGGGGUACACCGCAAAACCGAUCUUAUCAUUCGUGUUACAUUUUCUGUUCUACUUCAAGCUACUUUAAUUUUACAUGAACUUUUUAAGCAUUAGCUUACGGGCCCAAUAAAUGCUUUUGAACGCAAA